GGUAUUUUAAUAUUUGUGGAAAUCGUUUCGCUUGUGAGUAGUUUAUGCAGCAAAUAUACAACAGCUGGUUUUUUUUUCUAAGUGGGGCGACAAAAAUGACAAAAAAGCUGUAUGUCGGAAACCUUCCCUUUGACUGCACAGAUGGGCAGUUGGAGGGACUAUUUGCCAAGUUCGGAACCAUCACAGAAUGCAAGGUCAUGGGAAGAUAUGCCUUUGUGCACAUGUCAACGGAGGCUGAAGCCAAAGACGCUGUGGACAAUCUGGAUUCCUACAAUUUUAUCGGUUCCAACCUGAAUGUCAAGUAUUCAACUGGAGCCAGCGCUAGAGGUGGGCAUCGCAGCAGUGGGCCAGCAAAAACCAAGUUAUAUGUUGGCAACCUUCCCAUGGACUGCACAGAAACUCAGCUUCAUGAAAUGUUUUCCAAAUAUGGGGAAGUUGCAGAAUGUGAUGUCAUCAGAAACUAUGGCUUUGUUCACAUGAAGACAGAAGCAGCUGCCCUAGAAGCUCUGAAGAACCUGCACAACUUGGACUUCUAUGGGAACAAGCUAGUAGUGAUGCAGUCGACCAGCAGGGUGCACAAGAUGCCGGGUAUUGGCAGCAAAGGAGAAUGCUUCCAGUGUGGCAACAGAGGUCAUCUGUCCAGAGAGUGUACAGAAGGAGGAUACAACGACCGUCCCUCCAGAGGUCGUGGCCGGGGUCGCGGUGCACCCAGCCGAGGCGGUGGUUACCCCCCUUCCCGGACGGGUGCAGUAGGAGCCGCUGGGAGGUCAUACAACGGGUACAGCAGUAACUCGUCUGCAUCCUACGACCCUUACUACGAUUACCCGCCCCCAAGGAGACCACUGCCCCCAGCUGAUGACUAUUACGGCAGAGAGAGUGGCAGCAGACGAUAUGCUGAAGACUACCUACCAAGGCGAGCUGUACCCCGUGACUAUGUAACUGUACCCCGUGAGUACGCUUACCCCCUGAGAGCCAGGAGCAGAAGCCCACCGCCAGGCUACAGACGACGACUGUCACCAGGAAGAGAUGAAUACGACCGCUAUUACGAGCGUCUGCCUCCUAGGGAUGCAUACGACUACCUGCCACCGAGACGCUCUUUGCCGCCCCUGCCAUCGUCCGCUGUGCCGCCGGCUCGACGCCUCCCGCCGGUGCAAUAUUAAGGCCGCCGUGUCUUGACGUCCAAGAAUAAGGGCGUUUUUGUCGUCAGCCCGCGUUGUGGAACAGUCGGAACUGAGCUAGAAUCGUGUUACGUGACAGAUUUUUUUUAUAAAUCGCAGUUACUUGAUGUGUGUCUGCGCAUGUAUGUUACAUAUUAUUCUUAAGCACGGACCUUAUUUUUAUUCUGUCGUGUCGUAAAAGCACGGAUAAUCUGUUGGACUGGUUACUUUUGGUGUGUUUACAGUAACCGACCCUCACAAGCAAUGAACUUUAAGCCGGCAGUUCACUAUGGCUUCGCUGUUUGCAAAAAUUUGAAGUACGACACUGUUAUGAAGACAGAGAUGGUCGCUCUCUUGAUCACGAAAAUUAUCAGAACAUGAAAGAUGUGUUUUUCAUUGCUCUCGUGGUAACGAUUGGACAGAAUGUUACAUUCCAAUUGUUGUCGGCUCUUUCAGUGUAAUUUCUUGCUUAAGUAUACUUUGUUAGAGAUAGAGGUUUCUCAACCCAAUGCAGGGUAAUCUUUGUGACAGAAUGCAUGACUGGUUAUCUGCUGAACGCAUACAUGUAUUUUGCGUCAUUGCAGAGACUGUAAUAGGUUGUCAAUUUCGACCGGCUCUGUCAAUUUAUCAACUUGAGGGUGAUUAGAAAGGCAGGACGAAUGCCUGAACACGUCUGCGCCACGUGUGUGCGCUUGUUACAAACCAGAUUCACCGGAAACGGAGCCUUUGUCAUCAAAGGCUCCUGCGUUGGUUGACCCAUUCUGCCUAAUCAGUUACAAAUCACUAACUGUUUUCUUACUUGUGUCUGUUGGCUUGUGGCACCCCUUCGCUCUCAAUUAAGGGUCUGUGUGUUGACCUACUGCCUACUUUAGAUCAAAGCUUCAACCGUUUUGAAAUUUCAUCUGGAAUGUUUUAAAAAAAGUAGUUUUAGGGACUUGUAAAAAAAGAACUAGUCAUUCUUGUGAUUUUUAGCCACAUCUCCAAAAAAGUUGAUGUUUAGGUAUGCAUGUCGAUACAUCUUGGGUAGGGUUUAACAUGCAUGUAAUCAAGGCAAGUUCCAUACUUAACUCUCCUUUGGUUUUACAGCACAAAUGUGCACAAAUGCCCACAGUCACUGGUGAGCAUGUAUUUUCUAUUUGGAACUCAA